ACAUCUCCGUUCCUUCCAUUUCCGGUUAGGUAAAAUCGAAAUUGCAGAGGAAGAGCGGGAUGUACAAACGGUCGCUGUACACAGUAAAUAAUGCUGGUCAGAGACCGAAAAGAAAAACUCUUGCACAAGGCCGACUAGUGAAUGAUUCAGGGCCUUCUUCAGGGAAAUCUCGAGGAGUUCUGGCACAUGGAAUAGAUGUACAUGUUAGAAGUGUUGAUGAAAGAGUACCUCCACAAGUACACAAUGAGUUCCCUGCACGCAAGAUGGUUUCUGAUUCAACCAACAAUGAGGAAAAUGAACCGACAGCAAGCAUAACACCAAGAAAAAAAGCACCAUGCACCACUGAGCAAAACUCACCGGCACGAGUUCGAAAAACGGACUCGUUGGAUCUCUCGGACAGUGACGAGGAAAUUGAUAGUGGAUCAAAGAUUGAUAUUUUGGGUCACCAGAAAAUGACCACGGAUGAUGUAAUGGUUCUGGAUGCCUCUUCUCGCCUGGCUGACCCAGAUCAAGUAGAAGUGGACAUGGUGGUUGGUUACAGCAAAUCACCUGCUCGUGUCAUCUGUCACUCCCCUGCUGGGGCCAGGAGACAGCUCAGGAAUGCUGCAGUAAAAGGUGAAUCCAACAAGGUGCCAGUGACCAGUGUCCCAGCGGUCUCUGUCUCUGCUCCUGCGCCAAGUUCCCCCAGUAACCAUUCAUCCCCUGCAGUCAGAGAGAGACAAGCAGAAUCACCAAAAAGCCAUCAUCACAUGUUGGGAUCACUUCCUGUUCUGACUCAGAUGGAGAAGAUGAUGGGAUUGUCGCAGCCCAAUUUCGAUGAUUCAGGUGAUUCAGAUGCUCACCUGCAGCCUCAGGAUGAGAAGUCUGAUGUCAUGUCUCUUAUAAGUGAAAGUGAUGCCUGCUCAAUCUCAGACUUUGUCACAAAACCAGUCAACAAAACAAAACCUGUUAAAAAAGCAAAAGCAGGACCAAACACUCCAGGCACUGCCAAGAAAAAAACUAAAGUUGUGCCAUCCAGAUACAUGCAAGCUGCUCAGGCCAAGGCCUCUGUGUCCGUUCUCAUGGAUAAGUCUUCAAAGGCAGACAGAAGUAAAGUAAGUCGGAGUCUAGAAGUACCCACGUCACACCCCAGUCAGAGGGCAAAGAAACAGAUUAAAGAGAAAAGGCAAAUAGAGGUCCAGAAAAAUCCCAGCACCCCAGAGAAUUUACAGAACAGGAAAACGGGCAAAACCUCCACCCCCACCUCAGAUGUGUCAUUCUUUUCCACCCUGCAGACAGACUUAUCAGCAAUAUCAGCAGCUGGAGAUGUAUCAAAAUUGAAUUCAGACUCACAUCAUUCUAAAGCAAAGCCCAGACCCAAUAUAACACAGCAGACUUUGGACUUGCUGUAUGGCAGGUUUGUACAGUGGGAGUUUCUUGCUUGUAAGGCCAGGAGGAUCAAAGAAGAACAAGAAAGGAAAGCAAUGUCUCAAAUGCUCUGGCUACAGGAAGAGUUGCAAAAACUCCGGAAGCUCAAACAUGACAAAGACAAAGAAUUAGCAAGACUUAAGCAUUUAAAUGAAUUAGAUGAACAGCUUGAUAUUCAGAGAGAAUGUUUGGAACCUGUGGUCAGUCAUCUCCCAAAACUUACCAAGCAAUAUGAGACACUGGCACAGGCCUUGGAUACGACUCGUCAUCAAAUCCCAACAAAGGGCAUCUAUAUUCCACAAGAUGAGGCCCUUUUCCAUAGUCAGCUUGAACAAAUUUUACAGGAGAGUGAGUAUCUCCUUGGAAACCUAUCUGCCAGUACAGGGCAGCCAUUACAUAGUGCCACAGCAACAGUUGCUAGGCAUCUAGCCUCCUUAGAAAAACACACCAACCAGCAGUGCCAGCAGUUAAAGAGUUGUAAUGAAAUGAUUGCUGCAACACAAAGUUUGACUGUUGAAGAAAGUUCCCUCCUCAUUCAGAAAGAAGUGAUGUAACAAAUGAAAUCUAGGACUUUAUAUUAUAUACUUAUACUUUAUAUACAUGUAUAUUGCAAAAAUAAAUACAUGUAAAUGCACAAUCAA